AUUCAAACACAAAGCAAUGCUUGGAGACAGGAAUUUCGGUUAGCUACCAGACUAUCUCGAAAGUGUAUUAGUUGAGUUUCAGACAGCCCACCAUAUCUUCACUAUUUUCCUCAACCCUGCUAGCUAGCUGCUGAAAUAAAUACCAGUCUCUGUCACUUUGUUACUCGAGUUUCAUGCAUUCCCCUCCUCGUUGCCAAUCUCUGUUGCUGGAUAUAUAGAGCAAUUCUUUCUUAAAUUGAAAUUUGUCGGACCCCGGAAUCUCUGUUACCGGCAUUGUCGGCGGGCACUUUUUUUCUUCACUGGGUUGGGGAAGAAUUAAGCUGAUUCAGAUUUCGAUACUCCACUUUAUUUCAAGCAGUAAAUUCUAUCAGUGAUGCAAGUAGAGCAAGAAUGCAGGGGUGAAACAGAGUCAUAAAACAUGUCUUCCAAAAUUACCACAGACAGUUCACUCAAACUCGAAUUGAACAUCACACAAUAUGGCAUUCUGACCAGACCUAAUCAAGAUCUUCGCCUCAGAUGGGACAUUGUGUUCUCGUUGGUGGUUCGUAUGGUUUUAUACGUCUCUAUAUUAGUUUUGCUUGUGAUAGUUGUCACUCUGAUCUUCAAGUAUCUGGGGCAAUGUGGGAAUGACGAGAUUGUAGAACGAACGACAACAACCGAGAGUAGCCAUUUGACGCCAACCAAGGCGAUUUCAUUCACGUAUGGAACGUGUGAUCCAGAAGAAGAUCUGGAGUCCGGAAAGCGCAGUAGAAAUUCUUCCGAUGAGUUGUAUGAUGGAAAAAUAUGCAUAAUUUGCUACGAUGAGCAACGGAAUUGCUUCUUUGUGCCUUGCGGUCACUGUGCUACUUGCCAUGUUUGCGCGCAGAGGAUUAUCGACGAGGACAGCAAAGCGUGCCCGGUGUGUCGAAGAUUCAUUCACAGAGUAAAGAAACUUUUCACACCACAAAAUCAAAAUGUGGCGGAUUUUAGUAGGCAGAAAAAAAUUGUAUCUUUUGAGCGAGCAUGAAAAAUGUUCGAUUAAUAUCAUGUAUGUGGACUGUGGCCCCAUUCCACAAAGGUUUUUAUUUUUUGAUUUACGAGACAUGUCAUUCUCUCACAAUACAUCACCAUUAAUUCAAAAAAUAUUCCGAGUGAGCAUGAAAAAUGUUCGAUUAAUAUUAUGUAUGCGGAUUGUGGCCCCAUUCCGCCAAGGUUUCUUAGUACUUAUUUUUUGAAUUAAUGGUAAUGUAUUGUAAAAAAAUGACAUGUAUUGUAAAUCAAAAAAUAUAUACUUACAAAAUAAAAAACCUUAGCAGAA